CUCUUCUCUCGCGAUACAUUUCCAUAUUUUUUACUUGGCUACGCACAUCAACACCUAAAGUCUGCUGGCUUUGAGAAGCACAUUACCUGGGGAAAUGAGUGUAACACUCACAAAUGGGGCAGUUGAAGCCCUGGUAAAAGGCUCAGAUGUGAACAAUGCCGUGCUGCAGAUACUUAACAUCCGUCAGGUGUCUACUGGCUCUCCACCCAGGUACCGGCUAAGGAUGAGUGAUGGCCAGCACACUUGGUCUUCCUUCCUACUGGCUACACAGUUAAACGAUCUGACAGAAGACAACCUGGUACCUAACAGUGUGUUUCUGGUGAAGAAGUCCAUCAACAAUACAUUGACAGAUGGAAGGUCUGUGGUGAUUUUGUUGGACAUGGAGAUGUUGCAGUCUGCCGAAGAAACUGGAGGGAAGAUUGGAGAUCCCACUCCAUAUGAAACAGUUGGUAUGACUUUUUUUAAAUGCAUAUUCAUGAAGUCAGGAUCCAUUAAAAAUGGCUUUCAUGUUCCUUAUGGUGUUUUUGAACUUGCAGUUAAGACGUCAUCUUCACAGGAGUCUGUCUCCAGCACCUCUGUCCCGGCCUCCCUUCCAUCUGCAGCAGAACCUGGUCCCUCUAAGUGGAACAAAAGCAACCGUUCUCCUCCACGAGGACAGGGAAGUGGUUUUGUGGGAAAGUCCCCCAUGAAGGUAUCACCCAUGGGGGCAUCACCCAGGAAGGCAUCACCCAUGUGGGCAUCACCCAUGAAGGCAUCACCCUUGGGGGCAUCACCCAUGAAGGCAUCACCCAUGGGGGCAUCACCCAUGAAGGCAUCACCCAUGGGGGCAUCACCCAUGGGGGCAUCACCCAUGAAGGCAUCACCCAUGGGGGCAUCACCCAUGAAGGCUUCAACCUCCAAGUUUUCACCAAUGAAAGCUUCACCAAUGAAAACUUCCCCUCACAAGUUUACACCCACAAAGGGUGGCAGCACUUCUCCAGGUUCUUCAACAAAAGUGAUUCCAAUAGAAGGCCUCAACCCUUACCAAAGCAAAUGGACUAUCAGAGUCCGAGUCACCAACAAGUCCAGCAUCCGCACCUGGAGUAACUCUCGAGGAGACGGAAGGCUUUUCUCCUUUGAAGUACUGGACGAGAGUGGAGAAAUCAAGGUCACAGCGUUCAACAAAGAAGUGGACCAGUUUUUCUCACUAGUGGAGCAAGGCAAGGUGUACUACAUCACUAAGGCUACACUGAAGGUAGCUAACAAACAGUUCAACACACUGAAGAACAACUACGAGAUGACCCUCCACGCUCACUCAUCCGUCGUGCCAUGUGAUGACAGUCAGGGCAUUCCCGCAGUGAACUGUGACUUUGUGCCCAUUGCAGAGCUGGAGAACAGAGAUACAGACACCAUUGUUGAUGUAAUUGGAGUGUGCAAGAGUGCCGACGAUGUAUCCCGUAUCACCACAAAGACCAGCAAAGAAGUCUCCAAGAGGGCCCUCCAGCUAAUAGACACGACUGGCAAAGUGGUGACACUCACACUGUGGGGAGAGGAGGCGGAGAAGUUUGCCUGCUCUGUAAACCCUGUGGUGGCCGUCAAAGGCGCUCGGCUGUCUGAUUUUGGGGGCAGAUCUGUCUCAACUUUGUUCAGUUCAACAGUCAUGGUCAACCCAGACUUACCCGAGGCUUUUAGUCUGCGGGCCUGGUAUGACCAGGGAGGCUAUGCGCUGGACGGCCAAUCCCUCACAGAGACCAGGUCAGCGGGCAGCGGAGCAAAGACCAACUGGAAAACGCUGAGCGAAGUUAAGAAUGAACACCUGGGACAUGGAGAGAAGGCUGACUACUUCAGCUGCCUGGCGACGGUCCUGUACACUCGUAAGGAGAACUGUCUGUACCAGGCCUGUCCCACUGAAGACUGCAACAAGAAGGUGAUCGACCAACAGAACGGACUGUACCGCUGCGAGAAGUGUAGCCGAGAGUUCCCCAACUUCAAAUACCGACUCAUACUUAAUGCCAACUUAGCAGACUUCGGGGAUAACCAGUGGGUGACAUGCUUCCAGGAGACAGCUGAGGCCCUGUUGGGUCACAGUGCAGAAAUACUGGGACAGCUCAGAGACACAGACGAGAAUGCAUUCGAUGAAGUCUUUCAGAAAGCCAACUUUACAACCCACAUCUUCAGAAACCGAGUCAAGCUGGAGACGUACAACGAUGAGAGCAGAGUGAAGGUGACGGUGAUGGAGGUGCAGCCGGUGGACCACAGGGAGUUCAGCCGGAGACUCCUCAGCAACAUCCGCAGAUUGUCCAGCUGAACCCGGUCCCAGUCAUCUGAAAGCUGCCCCGGUGAUUAAACUCUUCUUCCACUGGUCUCUGACUGGUGUCCGCCGCUUCCCUCCAGCCAGAUAACAGCCUAUCUGAGACAGCAGAGGGCCGGUGAUUCAUCGCGUUAAAUGGCAGCCAAACAAAAGACUGAUAUUUAGUUGCUCACUUCCCUCAGCGAGCCAUUUGUGAAACACUGCAAAUGGCAUGGGAAUGACUUUUACCUUUUCUUUAUUUAAUGACAUUUUAACAAAGAGCUUUGACUUUCUGAUUAUGCAUAACUGUGUUCUAGACCUGCUUACAUUUGUAUCAUGUUUCAUGUGUAUCAUACAUGGUAAGUUUGAAGAGUUUUCUCUUUUUUAUACAAAUGAUUCAUCUCUUUGGUUUCCAAUCUGUGGCUCAGUGUUCGUUGAGUGAGAUUUUAUUUUAAGGCAUGGCAAAAGUGUGUGGGUGUUGGCAUUUGUUUCAACUUACAGCGUGUAAUUAUUGUUAAAAUUAUCCUUAGAAGUUUAAGAAAAGAGUUUUGAAUGGUUCUGCACAUCCAAGAUAUGUCAAAGAAAAAGUGAUAAAUUAUGUCAAAAAUAAUCUCUCAUCACUUGUUAUUAAAAGGUUUUGAUUUCCUUAAA